AUGGCGGCCCAGCAUAAGAACCCGCAGAUUGAGAAUGUUGUGAUGAUGCUUCCCUCGAGCAUUCGCUGCAGCUGUUGUAGCACUGUCAUGGCCAAAGGCACCAAGUUCAAUUCCCGCAAAGAAGAAACCCUCGGCGAGGAGUUUUGGGGGGUUUGGAAGGAUCACACAUUCAGAUUUUGUUUCAAUUGUACCCAGUUCUCAGCCGAGAUCGUCAUAAGGACAGACCCACAAUGUUCACACCUUGCUGUUGAGGCUGGUGCUUCGAAAUUUUAUAGUCAUGAUUUUAUCCCUUGGCUUCCCCCUAGGGUUGAGGAGAAAGAGAAGUUGGUUCCUUGCACGGGCCCAAACUGGCAAGAGAAAAGAGAAGAGGUCUUAGCUAACAGGUUACAACAAAUUAUAGAUAAGCAUAUUCAGAAAAGGAAGAUUGAAGAAGUGGGAGACGCCAUGAAAUCUUUGGAUUUCAAAAGAGAGAUGGACAACCCUGACGCUGUGGAUGUGAUUACGCAUGCGACUUUGAGUGAGAAUGCUUCGUUGGAGGCUUUACAACAAAGAGCUACAGGAAAUGAGAAAAGCUAUGAUCCAGCUCUACCCUUUAUGGCCAUGGCAGCUUUUGAGACUUUGAAGAAAUUAACUCCGGAAAAAGAAUUGCUCACGCUUGUGCUCGCUCUUGAUAAAUUCCGAUCUUAUCUUUUUAGGUCCAAGGUCAUUGUUUAUACAGAUCAUUCGGCUCUCAAGUAUCUACUCUACAAGAAGGAAGCAAAACCAUGA